AUGGUCGAAAGUGACUCGAAAAGUCGUUUAUCAAAAAUUCUUCUUAUUUUAACAUGUGUCUUUUGUGGAAUAACAAUCGUUUGUUUUGCUGUUGGCCUUUCUCUAUUUUUCGAUCAAUAUUUCAAAGUGAAAUCGUAUAAGGAAGAUUCAUGUCAAGUGAAAUCAGCAACAUAUGAGUCAAAUAGCAAAUGUAUUCGAGAUUCAGGUAGAAAAACAAUGUAUUCCAAAUGUUAUGUACCCAUUUGGAAUAUUCAAAUCGGACAAAAUCAAACACUUUUAUACAAUAUUAGAGGAAAUGCUGAAUUUGUUGUUGAACAUGUUCUGAAACAACAAGAUCGAUUUCAAGUCAAUUCGGUUUAUCCAUGUUGGUAUAAUACAAAGAAUUUGUCUGAAGUGACUUGGUAUCGACCAACGACAUAUUAUUCGUUUAUUUUAUUAAUUAUCUCAGCAAUAUUUCUUCCUUUUUCAAUUGUCUCGCUUAUUUUGUUUUGUAAAUUUCGACAACGACCAGAUUUAUAA